CUUCAUUACUGCUUUCUUAGUCCGGUUGUGACGACCGUCUCUCAUGACAUUACGCUCUGUGUAUCUAUCGGUAGUUUAAGUGUUAAAUAUUAAUAGCAUUAUUAAAUCAGUUUAAUGAAACGAUUUAGUGUUUAAAUAUAGAAUCAUUUAAUAAAAUGGCUGAGGUCUUGUCUUUUGACAUGACGAACACUAGUGAUAGUGAUGUUUGGUUUUUAGAUUUGUACUCUUCUGUUAAUUCUUUCAGUGGACCAAAUUACAAUCCUUAUAUUGGAUCCGUUUUAGGAUCUAUACUUGUAGGUCUUAGUGGAAUUUUUCCAUUACUAGUCAUUCCAAUUGAUGGAGGGGUCCAUUUCAACAAAGGAGCUGGAAGUGAAAGGCUGAGAUUACUACUUAGUUUUGCUGUGGGUGGACUUUUAGGUGAUGUUUUUCUUCAUCUUCUUCCUGAAGCUUGGAACUGUGAAGACAGUUCAUAUGAAAGCAAUAAAGCAAACCACUUGCAUCCACCGCUGUUCUCUGGCCUCUGGGUCCUUACAGGAUUGUUGGUGUUCAUAAUUGUGGAAAAAUUGUUUCAAAAAGAACGCCCAUCAGAGGUGGAAGAGCCGAUGAACAACAAUGAGCCAAAAAGCAAAAGUUCGCCUAAAGAGAUUGGAGGAUACCUAAACUUAAUGGCAAAUGUGAUAGACAACUUCACUCAUGGGCUUGCUGUCGGUGGUUCCUUUCUGCUCUCUCUCAGGAUUGGUCUGCUUACCACUGCAGCUAUUCUUAUACAUGAAGUUCCACAUGAAGUUGGAGACUUUGCUAUCCUACUGAAAUCGGGUUUCUCGAGACUAGAAGCUGCAAAAGCUCAACUUAUGACAGCCUCUUCCAGUUUGGUUGGAGCAAUGACAGCUGUAGCAUUCUCUGGGUCUAAUGAUCUCAUAAAACAAAAAACAUCUUGGAUCCUUCCGUUCACCGCAGGUGGCUUCCUCCAUAUUGCCCUGGUUUCCGUUCUUCCAGAACUGAUAGAAGAGACCUCGCCAAGGGAAUCAUUGAAACAGCUGCUGUCGUUACUGUUAGGUAUAUCUGUGAUGGCAGCUCUGACAUUCAUUGUCGAGGAAUAACUUUACUGUUAGAAUUACCACCUUUUGGGUAAUCAGCCUCUUAACCCCUCCAGAGAGCGUGUGAUGCUCUGAUAUGUACAGAUUUAUUUUAGUUCGAGGUAUAGCUCAGCUUCUGAUACUCUGAAGUCUUAUUAGUUAAGAUAUUUGUUUUGUUUUUCAUUUUAAUUUUUUCUGACUAUUGGUUAUCAGCUUUAUUCAAAUAUAGGAAUUUCACAUUGUGGUAGUAUUUUUCUGUGAAAGUUACGCUGUUUUGUUUAUAUAUAUAUAUUUAUGCAUAUAUAUGCAAUCCAUUGGCCAUUUGAUAUUUUAGGACAGAUUUUCUCUAUUAUUUUAUUUGUGAUUAAUAUUUAAACAUAUGAAAAUUUUCCUAUUUUAGAAUUAAUCUAAAUUCUAAGUUCUUUCCAGUGUGCUUUAACAAUAUUGUGAUCUAUUUGCAUUAGUUAUUGUUAGUUUAUCAUGAUUGUUUAGGUUUUCUUUCAGUGUAUAAUUUAUGUUUAUAAAUAUUGAUAUAUUUUGUUUAAGCUAUUUUUUGCUUUUAAUCAUACUUACAGCUUAAAUUGCAGACAUUCUUAUUUUAAAAAUUUUGGUUGAUACUAAACUCUCUCUGAGAUGAAUUUAUCCUUCCACCUUGUUUAUAGAAAAUGUGUAUAUGUUAAUAAUUAUUCAUGAAAUUACAUAAUGUUGUUGAUGAAUUACUAUUAUAAAAAAUAUAUUGAUUUUUUUUUUUCUAAAAGAGAGAUCGUAUUUAAAAAUAUAUAUUUAACUACUGAUAUUGCAUGAAAAUUGUAAUUAUUAUCAAUUAAAAUCAGUGUUUAAUAUUUAGUAUAACUAGUAUUAUGCCGUGAUAAAUAUAAUUGUACUUGAAAAUAAAUUUGUUAUUGGAUUAUUACCUUAGAAUGUAAUCCUUCAACAUAGGUUCAAAUAUUUAAAAAAUACAAGUUAGUAAGAGUAAGAUUAUUGGGCAUUAAAUGUAUAAUAAAACUAUUAUCUUUAUAUCUUAGUAUUGAUGUAUAUAUAUUUUUUUGUUUUGCAUCAAUUGUAACAAAGGAUGAUGGUGAAAACUAUAUAAUUGUUAGUAAUGAAUACUUGAUGGUUGACCGUGGUAUAUUAUUGAGUAAGAAGAUGGUCUGAGGUGACAUUUUUAUGACUGCCACCCCGGACUAUCUUCUUACUCAAUAAUUAUUAGUAAGUUUGUUGUUAUUUCAAAUUCAAUUUCUUUUCUUCAUUAUCAGCUUGAUUUUUUAGAAUGUCAACAAGUAAUGAAAUUGUAAUAAAUUUACGAACUGAUGAAUAAUUAUUAAAAAUGCUUUUCUGAGUAUAAGGUAUGAUUCUGUUAUGAAGAGGGCCCAACUAUUGUGUUUAAUCUUGUUUAUAAUGGGUGCUACAAACAUAGCCAAUCCUUGUGAUUCAUAUUUGUUUUCUGUUCGAAUAUUCUUGAUUGCUUCUCAAGUAGUAAAUUUUUUUAUUGUUAUUUAUUAUUCCUUUCAAAUACUGCUUAUCAAAAGAUAAAUAUAGAAAAUUGAUUUUUUGUUCUUUUUUUUAUUUAAAAAAAAUAAUAUGCCUAUUAUCUUAUUUAAAACAGAUUUCUUUCAAAUUGUAUAUGUAGUCGGUGUUUUUUAUGUCUUAUUAUAACUGCAUUUUUCUUCAAUUUAUAAAGUAUUGUACAAUAGAACAUCUCUUGUUCAUCUUAGUUGGCAGUAAGACAGUGGGCAUAAUUGCAAACAUGCAAAUAAAUUCCUUUACUGCUGUCAAAAUUUGUUAAAUUGUUGCAUUGAUGAUUUAGUUAUUUGUUCUAUAAUUUGUACUCCAAAAAGUAUAUGGGGUAUCAAAGACCAUUAUUGAAUCUUUUGACUUACACGAUGUUAUAUCUAUAACAAAAACAUAUCGGGAGUGAGAUAUAUGUAAAAAAUUUGGUCUUGAGAUAUUAGCGUUAUUUCCAUUUUUUGGUACAUAUUGAAAAGUACUGUUGACUGAGAGCGAAGCAAUGAAGUCACCUGUACAUUUAUACGACUGACAGGGCUUUAAAAAGUGGCUAAAGUGGCUAGCAUUAUGAUGAAUGUUGAAGGAUUAUGAGGCACUUAAACUUUUUAAUUAGUUUUGGGUUUAUUACUACCAAAGAUAGAUUAAAUAAGUGAAAAGUAAACUGAAACUAUUUUGAAAAUUAAUUUUUAUAAAAUGUAAACUUUAUUUAAAUGGCACCGUUCAUAAAAGUUAUUGUUCAAUAAAUAUUUUCUGAUUGUUAUAUUUAAUCUAUAAAUGUAUAAGUACACUUUAUUAUUCGUAAUUAGGUUUCCAACAAGUUCUUCUAAUGAGAAUAGUUUUUUUUUGUCACAGAUUGUUUUUUUUCAUUUAUCCUAUAUUUCGGCCUGAACUGUAUUAUUAUUAUUAACUACUCUGUUAUUUCAUAUGAUGUUUAAAUAACAGAAGAUACAUUUUCAUUUGGUCAUUGAAAAUUCAUGUGUUUUAGUAAUUAAUAAAAUCGGAAGUUAUGAGUGUUGUAAUUGUAAAGUCAGAGUUAUAUUUUAUAUAAAAUCAAAACAAUGAUUAGAUUUAGGCUGUAUGUGAUAAAAUGUAUUGUGAAGAUAACUAUUUUUAUUUUGUAGUUAUUACCACUAGUGUUAUCUGUAUAUUAUUAGGUAUAUUUUUUAAAUGUUCAGUAGUCAUGAAUUUAUGAAAUUUAUUUUUCAUAUUGAAUAACACCUUAGGCAUAGAUACUAUGCAUAUUUUUUACUUUUUCAAUGUAUACCUUUAUUUUCUGAAUAAUAUUUGAAGUUAUUUUUUUGUAAAUUGGGAUGAAGGAGAUUGUAUAAAUAAAUGGUGAUGAAAAUAUGUACAUAAAUAAAAUCUUUGUUAUAACAGUAUAUGUUCAUGUUAUGUAUAUAUUUUAGCAUAUAUUAUUACAGUGAUAAAUAAAUCAUAUUUCAGUAAAAAAAAAAAAUGUUUCUAUUAUUUUUCCUAUAUAUCCACUCAAAUUUUCAGCAUAUCAGGACUACCUCACCUAUGAGUGAGGUAAAAUAUAUCAAUUUAUUAGUGAAAACUUAUUUGUUCAUUGUGUCAUUUAUUGGGUUUAAUGUCUUCAUGUAUUCCAACGGGGGUGAGAGGGAUGUUGUGGGAGAAUUUCAAGUCUAACUAGAAUGAGAGAUAGCAAAAGUAAACCUUCACAGCCUGGAUUAAAACUGAAACCACUUCUGACUGAAGCUAAUCGGAUGCUACCUGAACAUGCUCAGUCUCUAUAUCCUCUUUAUUUUUUAUCCAACAUCACAACUUGAUUUGAAAAUUUUAUGAUUGUCAUGAGAUACAGAAGCAAUUAAUAUUUUAUACUGUAGAUGUUGUUCAUAUAAUCUUAUUUAUUUACUCUAAUGAUUAAUUCUAACUUAACUUCCAUAAUAAUAUUAACUGAUAAUAUAAUAUAUAUCAUUAUAAAUAUACUUAACAGGAUUUACAUUAUAAUAAAAGGCAUAAUACUUUUUUAUUUUUUAAUCCAAUUGCACCACACUACUUUUAACAACCUUAAAUGCUUCUGUGUGACAAAUAAAAAUUAAGAACCACUUAC